ACGACCAGGAGACGCUGCACCCUGGCGUUGAGGAAUCAAUGAACUGAAAUUCUCCACGAUGGAAGAAGAAAUUUUACCCGAGACCGACGUGGCCGAAUUGGAGCUGGAGGCUGUGAUCGGCUUCAAUGGACACGUUCCCAGCGGUCUCAAAUGCCACCCUGACCAGGAGCACCUGAUCUAUCCCCUGGGCUGCACUAUCCUCAUCCAGGCAAUAAAUAGUAAUGAGCAGAAAUUCCUACACGGCCAUGGUAACAAUGUCUCCUGUCUGGCCAUCUCCAAGAAAGGAGAUUAUAUCGCCUCUGGACAAGUCACUUUCAUGGGGUUCAAGGCAGACAUCAUUCUGUGGGACUAUAAGAAGAGAGAGCUGAUUGCUAGGCUCUCACUGCACAAGGGUAAAAUUGAAGCCCUGAGCUUUUCGCCCAAUGAUUUGUACCUGGUUUCACUUGGAGGCCCAGAUGAUGGAAGUGUGGUGGUUUGGAGCGUAGCCAAGAGAGAUGCCAUUUGUGGCAGCCCCGCGGCAGGCCUCAAUGUCGGCAACGCCACCAACGUGAUCUUCUCUCGGUGCCAGGAUGAGAUGUUUGUCACAGCUGGGAAUGGGACAAUUCGAGUGUGGGAACUGGAUCUCCCCAACAGAAAAAUCUGGCCGACUGAGUGUCAAACAGGACAACAGAAAAGAAUAGUCAUGACAACUGGAAUGGCUGGUGAUGACAGCUUUUUCUACCUCGGCACCACAACCGGGGACAUUCUCAAAAUGAACCCCAGGACCAAACUGCUGGUAGACACUGGGCCUGUGAAGGACAAGCUCAGCUUGGGAGUGUCGGCUGUCAGGUGCCUGAAGAUGGGUGGUUUGUUGGUCGGCUCUGGAGCUGGUGUGCUGGUCUUCUGCAAAAGCCCCAGCUACAAACCCAUCAAGAAAAUUCAGCUGCAAGGCGGUAUCACUUCUAUCACACUCCGGGGAGAGGGACACCAGUUCUUUGUCGGAACAGAGGAAUCACACAUCUAUCGGGUGAACUUCACCGAUUUCAAAGAGACUCUCAUUGCGACCUGCCACUUUGAAGCCGUCCAGGACAUUGUCUUCCCAUUUGGUACUGCUGAGCUGUUUGCUACCUGUGCCAAGAAAGACAUCAGGGUGUGGCACACGGCAUCCAACCGGGAGCUGCUUCGGAUCACCGUGCCCAACAUGACCUGCCACGGCAUCGACUUCAUGAGAGACGGCAGGAGCAUCAUCUCAGCAUGGGAUGAUGGGAAAAUCCGAGCCUUUGCUCCAGAGACAGGCCGGCUGAUAUACGCCAUCAACAGUGCUCACAGGAUUGGAGUGACCGCCAUUGCUACCACCAGUGACUGUAAACGGAUCAUCAGUGGUGGAGGAGAAGGGGAGGUAAGGGUGUGGCAGGUAGGCUGCCAGACCCAGAAGCUGGAGGAGGCCCUAAAGGAGCACAAGUCUUCCGUGUCCUGCAUCAGGGUGAAGAAGAACAAUGAGGAGUGUGUCACUGCCAGCACCGAUGGGACAUGCAUCAUUUGGGACCUCGUGCGACUUAGGAGGAAUCAGAUGAUCCUGUCCAACACCCUAUUCCAGUGUGUGUGUUAUCACCCCGAGGAAUUCCAGAUCAUCACCAGUGGCACAGACAGGAAGAUUGCUUACUGGGAAGUAUUUGAUGGGUCAGUAAUCAGAGAGUUGGAAGGUUCCUUGUCGGGGUCAAUCAAUGGUAUGGACAUCACUCAGGAAGGGGGACACUUUGUCACAGGUGGACAUGACCAUCUGGUCAAAGUUUGGGAUUACAAUGAAGGUGAAGUGACUCACGUUGGGGUGGGACACAGUGGCAACAUCAUGGGCAUCCGGAUAAGUCCAGGAAACCGGUACAUCGUCAGCGUGAGUGCGGACGGAGCCAUCUUGAGAUGGAAGUACCCAUUCGAUUCGUGAAGCAUGCGGGAUCUCUCCAGCCUCCACCCUGCACUGAGCACAGCCCUGCCCAAGACCAAGUAUGGAGAACUCCAGCACCAGUCUUGAUUUCUCACAUCUGUUUGUUCUGUAGUCAAAAUACUUUAUCUUGAAGUUUCUCCUUUCCUCUAUACAAUACAUUUUACAAUCUUAAAUUGUAUGUUGAAACUGAACUAUGUUAUAGAAAAAAAAUUGUCCAGAAUAUAAUUUUUUUUGAGUUUUUAUUAAUAAAUUUGAAGGUGCUGUCU